UGCCUAGCCAGACAGACUCUAAAAGACAAGACCGGGAGACAUCCUCAGAAGAGACCAGACGAGAGCAGAAGACCAUAGAGAACCCGGAGAUAAAAUCUGACACAGCAGCAGCAGCUUCAACAGAAAAGACCCGGAAACACUGAGGUCUACAGCACUACCCCUGAACCUUCUUGCGUCUCUGACUUUUUCCUCACCGUAUUUUGUGAAGAUGAAGUUUGUGAAGAUGUACCUGCGGUGUCCCAGGAACAUGGCCUACAUGGACUGCGUGGCCAAGGACUGCGUGGCCAUGCCGUGCUCCAAGGCUGUCACCUCCCUCAAGCCCAUCCGCAAUGUCCACUUCCCCAAAGACAUCCUUUUCCAGGACUAUGUGCGUACAGGAGAGCUGGAGCGCAUCGGCCACUUCAUGCAAGCCAGUAAAGUGAGCCUGGACACCAUCUACCACUCAGGCAUGGCAGCCAUUCAUGAGGCCGUGCUGUCUGGGAACCUAGAGUGUGUCAAGCUCCUGCUGAAAUACGGGGCGGACAUUCACCAGCGGGACGAGCAAGGCUGGACCCCUCUACACAUGGCCUGCAGUGACAGCUUCCCAGAGAUUGCCAGAUACUUGUUGUCUCUGGGUGCCGACGUGGACGCCGAGAACGAGGACGGGGACAAGCCGGUGGACCUCAUCGACCCCGAGUGCAAGGAGCUGCUGGAGAUCUUCGGGGUGGGCAGCGGCGACUGAGCUCCCGAAAAGAGUCGUGGAGCUCGACGGCAUCCGUGCCGUCUCCUCCUCCUCCGUGUCCUACUCUUCUUUGUUGCCAGGGUGACCGAAUGCUUCGUUCCGCGCAUCCACGAGAGUGGAACGCCAGGCGCACCUUUGGCAGGGGAUAGUUAGGCAGAAGGGCGCCAUCUUGUUUUGGUUGCUUAUUGAUGGGACUGUGGCAUGUUCAUGCUGCAAGGGGCUCUUACAGUGUGCACUUUUCUUUGGCUCAGAAGGAAGAAAGUGUUGAAGCCCUUGCUUGUAAAAACACCUUUUUUAUUACUGUACAUAUAGUGCUUUUGGAAAAAAGGCGCUUCUGUUGUGUUUCUUUUAGUCUUGUUCACACGCAACUUGUGUAAAUACUUAAUACACUAUGGGCCAAUCCCAAUGUCAGACCUAAAGACUAGGACUAAGGACUCACAGACUUAAUUGAUUUCAGGUGCUAAGUGAGUGAGUGAGUGUGUGAGGCCACAUGAGCUCAGAUAGGUAUUUUGGGAUUGGGACAGCAAUUCACGAGAUCACAUGUACCUUGGCGAUGUUUACUAACAAAGACGUUGCUAACAUUUGCACCAUGCACGUGUGUGCGUGCUGUUGUUUACCUUCAUUUCCUGAUUUUUCUAUGAUCUCCGCGCCCGCGGUAAAUGUCACAACACUUUGAACUUUGGGUAAUUCCCUUAGAUG